AUGGCUAAAGGUGACCCUAAGAAACCAAAGGGCAAGAUGUCUGCUUAUGCCUUCUUUGUGCAGACAUGCAGAGAAGAACAUAAGAAGAAAAACCCAGAGGUCCCUGUCAAUUUUGCAGAAUUUUCCAAGAAGUGCUCUGAGAGGUGGAAGACAAUGUCUGGGAAAGAGAAGUCUAAAACAAUGUCUGGGAAAGAGAAGUCUAAAUUUGAUGAGAUGGCAAAGGCAGACAAAGUACGCUAUGAUCGGGAAAUGAAGGAUUAUGGACCAGCUAAGGGAGGCAAGAAGAAGAAAGACCCUAAUGCCCCCAAAAGGCCACCGUCUGGGUUUUUCCUCUUCUGUUCUGAAUUCCGCCCCAAGAUCAAAUCCACAAACCCUGGCAUCUCUAUUGGAGACGUGGCCAAAAAGCUGGGUGAGAUGUGGAAUAACUUAAGUGACAGUGAAAAGCAGCCUUACAUCACCAAGGCGGCCAAGCUGAAGGGGAAGUACGAGAAGGAUGUUGCUGACUAUAAGUCUAAAGGAAAGUUUGAUGGCGCAAAGGGUCCCGCUAAAGGGAGUACCUGCUUUCUCUAUCUGCUUCUCUCUUCUAACCCCGUCAUCCUGUCCUUGAAUGACUAUCCUUUGGAAAGAACAAGGCUGUGA